AUGCCUGCGAUGAUAUCGUUAGACGAAUCAAUUGAACCGUAUACAACUGUUCUUAUAUCAUCAAUUCCAAAAAAUUUUCGUUCAUGUGAUUUACGUAAUUUUUUUUCAUUAUUUGUUGAAACAAAUUCAUUUAAAUGUUUUCAUUAUCGACACCGUCCAAUGCCAAAUGAAAAUAAUCAAUGUAGUCUUUAUACUAUGUGUUUUGUACAAAUAUAUAAUAAAAAAUUAAAUGAAUUUAUUCGUUUAUAUCAUCGAAAACAUUGGCUUAAUUCAAAAGGAAAUUAUUUAUCGUCGACAUGUUUAAUAAGUAACGUUAAAACUGAAGAAGUAUCAUCGAUUUCUACCAAUUUAAUUGAAUUAAAACCGCCUAAGCAUGUCUAUCCCAAAGGCAAUGUUGGCACACCAACAAUGUAUUUUCUUGAUGAAAUAAACAACUGCAGAUUACCAGCCACAAUUAUAAAAAAGCUUGGGCUUGUUUUUCCAAAAUGUCGUGGAAAGAAAAAAUAUAGUAUGGUAGGCUAUGAUUAUGGAAAUUUCGAAGAUGACGAUUAUUAUAAUGAAGAAGAAUACCAGAAAGUCGAUGAUUUAUACUUGAAAACAGGACAAGGACAUGAUAUUUUGUCAGAAAGUGAUAAAUCAACUCUUGAUACUUUGAAUUCAUUGGUAGAUCAAAAUAGAUCGAAAAAGGAGGAUGCUAACGACAAAAAUAUCGAAAUGGAAGAAGAACAAAUUUCUGCUACUGAUAAAACUUUGGAUGAUGAAGAAGAUGGACAAGAAGAAUGGGAUCGCCAUGAAACAUUGCAUGACGAUGUAACGAAACAGGACCGAACAUCACCAUAUUUUUUUGAUCAUGAAAUUGAAUUACAAUGGGAGAAAGGUGGUAGCGGUUUAGUAUUUUAUACCGACGAAGUGUUUUGGAAAGAACAUGAAGGAAAAGAUUUCGAUGCCGAUACAGCCGAUGAUUGGGAUAUUGACACGAGAAUUUAUUAUGAAAGUGCAGGAUCGGCGGACAGAGAUGGGAAUGAGUUAUAUGAUAUACGUCGCGAAGAAUAUCUGCGUGAAGGACACUUAAUCAAUGAAACUGAUCCUGAACAUCGAAGGCCGGGAUCAGUAAUAAGAAUCGGUGCAUUCGAAAAAUAUACAAAGGGUGUUGGCCGUCGAGUAAUGGAAAAACAAGGUUGGAAAGACGGUGAAGGUCUUGGAUCAACAAUAAAAGGAAUACCUGAUGCGUUAACCAGUGAAGGUGGUAAAAAGUCUCGGGAUAAAACUGGCCUUGGUUAUUAUGGUGAAAAAGUAGAGCGAGGAGUAAAUGCAAAAAAACGUCGUGUAAAUAUGGAUGAUCAAGUACGAAUAACGACAAUCUAUGAUGAUCCCAACGAAACAGAUCCGAAGGAAUCGAUUAAUCGAAGAUGGAAUUCAACUUUUUUAAAACAUCGAACCAAUCGGAAAAAAAACGUAUUUGCUAAGCAAAAUUUUUAA